AUGACCGAAAGAAGCAACAAGCCGACGACAUUUCCAAACUUUCGCAAGCUCACCACAGUUCCACUCUUGACAGUUUUGAGACAAAUGGGACCGGCCGAAAUGUAAGGCUUAGGCUUAGGGCUUAGGGCCCAAUAUUGUGCACACGUUUUCAGUGUGAACAUGAGUCUGACGAGUAGCGAAAUGCGAAAAACGCUGCCGAGACCGACGGUUGGCGUCUCGAUCCGUCAGUAUCCGACCGAAUCGAAGGCCACGCGGAUUGAGUUGGUUUCGCCGCGAAGGAGGCGGGUUUUUGAGUGGAAAGUGGAUGGAGCGGGACGAGUGAACAGUCGGAUUGUCGUUGUCGACGGACGCGCGCUCUGGCAAAUGUGAGUUUCGUCGAAUGGCGCUUUUGUGCGCGAUUUUUAGUGAACAUUUUGAAGAAGCGACGACGAUGAGGAUGGAAGCAAACUGCUGACGAUCGACGGAAAGCAGAUUAGGACUUUGAUGUGAGCUGUUUUUAUAGCAUUUUCCAUAACUUUUCCAUCACCUUUUAAAGGUGGUGUCGAACGUGACAAACAACAUAUUUUUAAAAUAAACUUCAAAGUGGGCCAUUCAUGUUCCCAAAGUCCCGAAUUACGAAAAAAAUUCCCCGAUUUUUAAUGGGGUUAUACAGGCUGUGAAAAAAUGGUUGUUUCCCGUUUUUUUCGUUUUUUUACGUCAAAAAAUCCAAUUCAGCGAUGUAAAAAACGAAAAAACGGAAAACAAACAACAUACGCUGAAUAGCCCCAUAAGAUUUUUUUCAAAAAAGUUAAUGGUACCGAGAGAAGUACACGGCGAAAUGGAAGAGCUGGCUGAGAUUUUUCUAGUCCCCCCCGAUGGAAUUCCCCUUUCUUUCGAUUUUUUUCGGUUUUCGUGCAAAUUUCUUAAAUUUUCAAUUGUUUUUACGCUGAACACACUUAUUUGCAAUAUUUUUAAAAAAUUUAUGUUUUUUUCUGUACCGUGACGCCAAAAAAAUCGAUAAUCUGAAACUUUUUUUGGUGUUUUUCCGGGUUUUUCGCUCAAUCUUCGGUUUGCGCGCUGAAAACUAAAUAGAAAGAGAUCGCUCAAUCAUUUCCUGAGUCUUAUUUAAAAUUUGCGAGUUACAGAAAGUUAUAUUUUUCAGAGUAAUGCAAAAAAUCCAAAACUUCUUAUUUUCGGUUUUACAAAAAAAGGCAGAUUUUUUCUGAAUUUCGCUGAAUUUUGAAAGUUUCAGAUUAUCGAUUUUUUUGACGCCACGGCACAGAAAAAAACGUAAAUUUUUUUUUUAAAUAUUGCAAAUAAGUGUGUUCAGUGUGUAAAAACAAUUGAAAAUUUAAGAAAUUUGCACGAAAACCGAAAAAAAUCGAUAGAAAGGGGAAUUCCAUCCGGGGGGACUAGAAAAAUCUUGGCCAGCUCUUCCAUUUCGCCGUGCACCACUUCUCUCGGUACCAUUAACUUUUUUGAAAAAAAUCUUAAAAAUCGGGGAAUUUUUUUCCGUAAUUCGUGACCUCGGGAAAGUGAAUGGCCCACUUUGAAGUUUAUUUUAAAAAUAUGUUGUUUGUCACGUUGGAGACCACCUUUUGAAGCGCUAUAAUUACAGGAACAACGCGCGGCACUUCACCUCGCUCGUCGAGCCUCUGAUGCCCGAUUUGGAGCACAUCUUCAAGUACCUUAUGAGCCUCUUCAAUGGCGAAAUUGUCGAGAUCGAGAUGCCACGUCACGAGCAACGCUCCUUCUUCAUCUGGAAAUAUAUAAAGGGUCCGAUUCCGAAAAUUAUCUUCCCCGACGUUAGCUCGCUGUACACCGAGGAGCAGAUGCACAUGGUUGAGAUGUCGAAGAAUAUCAAAGUGGUCCAAGUGACUAAUGUCCCCCUGAAUCAGGUCAGUUUGAGAGAUUUACAAUAGUCAUGUAAAUUGGGAGUAUUGUAGCUCUCUUGAAAGUUGGCGUUGAAAUGCAGUCCUAACUUCCAAGAGCUACAGUAGUCUUAGGAGUGAUUGUACGAAAAAGGUGUCAACUACAAAAGCAAAGUACAUGGUAUGAACUUUAUUUUCUCAGUUGACAACUUUUUCGUACGACGACUCGUUCGAGUACUGUAGCUCUUGGAAGUUGGCGUUGAAAUGCAGUCAGUGUGCCUUGAACGUUGUCCGAAUUUCCAAGAGCUACAGUAACCCACGGAUAUUGUAUUUUUGUUUAGAGUUGGCAUUGCGAAACGCUCAUCGGAACCGGCGUAUGCGUGAUAGAUUCUACAAGUCUGGCAACUGUAAAAUGCAAAAAUGUGUACGUCGAAGCGUGCGUCGUCACUUUGGACAGUAUAAAAGAGGUGCUGAAGGGAUGGCGGGACCUGUCAACGACUGUCGAAUAUCUCCGAAUUCGAUUCGAUAAUAUCGAAGGAUACGUUCUCAACUGGGAAUCGGCAAUUAGCGGGGUUCCGUUGGUGGAUAACCUGAUGGUUCCGUGGAGAUUGAUGCACGAGUUGAAGAAGUGAGUUCCGAUUAGAACACAGCUCAUAACUUGGCAAUGAAGCAGUUUAGAAGAGAGUGUUCAACUGAAAAGUUGUGGAGCACAAAAUUGUGAACAUUUUUUUAGUUGACGACAUUUUGAAGUAAUCAUUGGUUCUCUUGAUAUACAGGGUGGUCCACCGUUACCCGUACAAAAUAAAAGUUGUGUAAUUCCAAAACUAGAAGUCAGAAAGACAUGAGACUUAACAAAACGUUUACUAAGAUGUUUGACAAUAUUUAUAAGCUAAUAGUGUUGCACCCGACCUCCUUUCCUAACAAUGACAGCCCGAAGACUUCCGAAGUAACCGUUUGCCGCGGCACGCGGGAAGUCCGUGAACAAAUUGACCCCCUACCUGGCAAGGAAUUUUUUCCUCACUCCCUACUUGUCUGGGGUUUAGCCUUCAUAUUGGCCUGUAAGACCCCAACAACGAAUAGUCCAACAAAAAAUGAUCCGGCGAGAAAUCGGACCAUUUUUCCUUCUUGAUGAACGCUGCCAAAUUGGCCUGGAACCACUGCUAAAUGAUCUUGGCCGUGUGAGCAGGCGUAUUAUCCUAAUCUAACACCCAAUGUUGUUCUCCAAAGUAUUUGUGAGACCGAAGAAAACGUUUCUUUGUUGACGUCUCAUCUACAUAACGUACUUUUCUGAUUUUGUCAUCAUGAUCGAUGAAAACGCGUUGAGAUUGGCAUGUUCAGCUGAUGGGACAAGAAAUCAUGGCACGGACUCAGCUUGCAUUUUAGAGUGAUUUACACGGAUAUUGGACUCAUUUCCACAUCACAUUUCAUGAUAGUUUGUCUGCUCACCCCUCAGUGAAAAAGCGUACAAUGGGAACGGGGUGCAGACUAAUCGGUGCUAUUCGGCUGAAACAAAUCCGUUUGGUCUGAGACUCGGCCAAAUAGUUAAGAACAUGAUAAUAUACAAAAUUUUGAAUUAGGGCCACACCAGAAUUGCGUCAGUACCUGCGCGCGCCGCGUGAAACUUUUGUACGGGUAACGGUGGACCACCCUGUAAGUCUUUAAAGGUAGCGGACACUUUCAGAGCCUAUUCAUUCGAGUUCAUGAGCUCAUAACUUGAGAAUAAAGCAUUUUGAAGCAAACUCUUCAACUAAAAAGUUGUUCAACAUAACAUUUUAAACAAUUUGUUAGUUGAUCACAAUUGGAAAUACUCGGCGGUUCUCUAGAUAUAAGUCUUAGAGUUCAAGUCUUUAAUGUACUUCACUUUCAGAGCCCGUCCAUUCGAGUUCACCGGAAACUACGCGGUGAUCCGUCGCGACUGGGGUCACUGUCACGCCGUCAUUUGUGGAUUCAACAUGCACGGAAAAGAUUACUUUGUUCUCAGACCGAUUCCCCAAGAGCUUCUCACUCUAUACCAGAGUUGA